AUGUCGACCCAUGUAGAGAGACGGCAGCCCCAACGGCGGCAUGCCCACAGAGCACAUCCUUAUGGGGCCCCCCAGGGUCCCCUGGGGGCCCCCCGGGGGCCCCCCUCGCUGCUGUCGCGGCUUGCUGCUGGUGUUUCUUCCUUCUUUUGCCGGGCCUUUAAGGGGGCUUCCGGGCCUAGUCAGCAGCAGCAGCAGCAGGAGCAGCACAAUGAAAUGGCCAGCGAGUGCAGCUCCGUCUUCAGCGAGACGCGCAGCGAAGCUUCAGGGUCGCCGUUUCACGGGACGCAGCAGCAGCAGCAGCAGCAGCAGUUCCUGCAGCUGCCGCUGGAGCAGCCGCACCACCGCCGACACCACGCGGCGUGGGGGCCGGAGCUGUCGGCAGCAGCAGCAGGAGCAGCAGCAGACCUGUCGACCUCCUCGCUCCCGUACGUUUGCUCCUCGCAGCAGCAGCAGCAGCUGCUGCAGCAACAACUGCUGCAGCGGCAGCAGCAGCACCGCACCAAUUUCUACAGACCCAACUCAGCAGCAACAGCAGCAGCUUCGCUUGCGUGGGCUGGAGAUGUGAGGGGGGCCCUGGGGCCCCGGCAACGCAUGCAGCCACAGCUUGCUGCGCUGUCUCACUUGGGGCAACAGCAGCAGCUGCUGCAGCAGCAGCUGCUGCAGCAGCAGGAGCAGAUGCUACCGCAGCAGCAGGGCCGGAGACGGCCGCUGUUCUCGUCUGCUGCACCAGAAGCAACGGACCCAGCACUGAAGCAGCAGCAGGCAAUAGUCGAGCAGCAGCAGCAGCUGCUGCAGCAGCAGCAGCUACAGCAGCAGACAAUGCUGGAGCAGCAACAGCUGCUGCAGCAGGGACAGCUGCAAGAAGAUGUAUCUGCCAUUGAGCUGCAGCAGCUGUACCUCCGCUGCCACUCUUUGCGGUGGCGCACGCGGCUUUUGGAGCUGUUCCAAUCGGACGCAGAGGCAGCGCUGCAGCGGCAGCUGCAGCAGCAGCAGCAGCAGCAGGAGAAACGCCUGGAGCUGCUUCAGACUCUGCGGCAGCAAGUAGAAGCCGACACUGUCUCCGGCGCAGCCAAGGAUUCCCCUGCAGCAGCGGCGAAGGCAGUGCUGGCCGAGGCAGCAGCAGCACUGCAACCUGCAGCAGCAGCAGCAGCAGCAGCUGCUGCUGCUGCUGCUGAAGAGGAAGCAGCAGGCAGCCCACCCAAAACAGCAGCACCCUACAGGGGUUCUGUUCCCUCUCUGGGGGCCCGCAGACCCUCGUUGGAAGCAUCAGGCAAGCCGUUUGCUGCGGCUGCUGCAACUGAGGAGUGCAGUGCAGCAGCAAAAACAGCAGCAGCAGCAAAAGCAGCAACAGGGGGAACAAGAGCAGCAACAGCAGCAGACAAGCCUGCAUCGUCCUUGUUUGGUUCUGGCGGGUUUGGGUUAGCAGCAGCCCCCGCACCAACCCUGUUCGCUGCUGCUGCGGAAGCGCCAGCAGCAGCAGCAGCAGCAGCAGCAGCAGCAGGCAGCGCCUCCGAGGCAGCAAAGGAGGCAGCAGCAGCACCUGCUGCAGCGGGACAAGGGGAAGCAAAACAGACGACGGGGGGGAGCCUGUUUGGAGCACGCAGCUUCUCGUUUGGGCAGCCGCAGCAGCAGGAGCAGCAGGAGGAGCAGACAGAGCAGCAGCAGACGAAAGAGAAGCAGCAGAGAGAGCAGGACACGCAACAGCAGCAGGAUAAGCAGCAACAACAGGACAAGGUGCAGCAGCUGCAGCAGCAGCAGCAGCAGGCCCCACGUGCCUUCGUAUUUGGUGCUGGUAGCAGCUCAGCAGAGGCGAAACCAACGCAAGAGCAAGCGGCUGCUGCACCAGCAGCAGCAGCAGCAACAGCAGCAGCAGCAGCAGCAGCGCCGUUGUUUGGGGGUGUUUUGACUGCCCAGAAAGCUGCUGCGGGAGACUCUGCUGCUGCUGCUCCUGCUGCCACGCCUGCCGAGGCUGCUGCUGCAGCGAAAUGGCCGGCCCUGUUUGGAGCAGCAGCAGCAGCACAGGCAGCAGCAGAGCCGUCAGGCGCAGCUGCUGAUCCCAAGGAGACUUCCAAGGAAGCUGGAGGCGCUGCCGAGAAAACUGCAGCAGAAGAAAAAGCUGCCAAAACAGCUGCACCAACGGGUAGCAGCAGCGACAGCAGCAGCAGCAGCAGCAGCAGCAGCAGCAAGGGCGGCGCAGCAGCAGCGCCGUUCCGCCUCUUCGGCGCCCCCACCGUGGGGGCCCCGGCUGCGGAUAAUGCGGGCAAGGGAUUACUUGGCAGCACUUUGUCGG